AUGAAGUUUUCCAUCGCUGGCAUCUUGCACUUGGCCAUUAUCAACGAGUCAUGGUCUUUCACUAUUCCUGAACAGAAAUCAGCUUUGCUUGCUAAGCUAUCCAUGUCGGAUGCCGACGAUGGUGAAGAUGGUGUCAUGAACAAGUGGAGUCGAAUUUUGACAGGACCAAAGUCACAAGGCGCUUCACAAGCUAUGCUUUACGCAACUGGUUUGAAAGAAGAAGAUAUGAACAAACCCCAAGUCGGAGUUUGCAGUGUGUGGUAUGAGGGAAAUCCAUGCAAUAUGCAUUUGUUAGAGCUUUCAGAGCACGUCAAAAAGGGUGUCAAGGAACAAGAUCUGGUUGGUUACCGUUUCAAUACAAUUGGAGUUUCUGAUGGAAUCUCUAUGGGGACUGUUGGGAUGCGUUUUUCUUUGCAAAGUAGAGACUUGAUUGCAGACUCGAUUGAAACCACGAUGGGUGCUCAGUGGUACGAUGGGCUAAUUGCACUUCCUGGGUGUGACAAAAAUAUGCCUGGUUGCGUCAUGGCUAUGGGAAGAUUGAAUCGCCCAAGUAUCAUGAUCUAUGGAGGUACUAUCAGAGCCGGGAAACAGCCUUCUAACGGAGAAAGUUUGGACAUUGUCAGUGCUUUCCAAUCGUAUGGGCAGUAUGUGUACGACAAGAUCUCUGAGGAAGAAAGAAAGGAGAUUAUCCAACAUUCAUGUCCUGGACCUGGUGCCUGUGGUGGAAUGUACACUGCAAAUACAAUGGCAACGGCCAUCGAAGCGCUAGGUUUGUCUUUGCCCUAUUCGUCUUCUUCUCCUGCUGAUUCGCAAGAGAAAGUGGAUGAAUGCAUUAGAGCAGGCGAAGCAAUGAAGAACCUGUUGGCCAAGGAUAUCAAACCUAGGGAUAUCAUGACUAAGGAGGCUUUUGAGAACGCCAUCCGGAUGGUAAUGAUGACAGGAGGAUCAACCAAUGCUGUCUUACAUUUGAUUGCAAUGAGUCGUUCUUGUCAAGAUCCGGAAGUGGCCAUUGCCUUAGAUGACUUCCAACGCAUUUCGAAUGAGACUCCCUUCUUGGCAGAUCUGAAACCAUCCGGAAAAUAUGUGAUGGAGGAUGUUCAAAACAUUGGUGGAACACCUGGAAUGAUCAAGUUCAUGAUUGACAACGACAUGUUCGAUGGUGAUCAAAUGACUGUUACAGGAAAGACACACAAUGAAAAUCUUGCAGAAAUGAAUCAUCCAGGCCUUACACCAGGUCAAGAGAUUAUCCGGCCACUUGACAACCCAAUCAAAGCUACAGGACACCUACAAAUCAUGUACGGAAACUUGUGUCCUGGUGGUGGUGUGGCCAAGAUUACCGGAAAAGAAGGAGAGACUUUCACUGGCACUGCAAGAGUCUAUGACAACGAACCUAGCAUGAUGAGAGGUUUGGAAAAGAAAGAGAUAAAGGCUGGCGAUGUUGUCAUCAUUCGUUAUGAAGGGCCAAAGGGAGGACCUGGUUUACCGGAGAUGCUUACUCCUACAAGUGCAAUCAUGGGAGCUGGACUAGGUGAUGUGGUUGCCCUCUUGACUGAUGGAAGAUUCAGUGGUGGCAGUCAUGGAUUCUGCAUUGGUCAUAUCACCCCAGAAGCACAGGUUGGAGGUCCUAUAGCACUUGUGAAGAAUGGUGACCCGAUUCGAAUCGACGCACGGUCCGAUCAACGAACCAUUGAUCUCCUCAUUUCUGAUGAAGAAUGGGAGAAACGUCGCAAGGAAUGGACUCCUCCCUCACUACGCUCCAGUCAAGGUACGCUUUUCAAGUACAUCCAAAGAGUUGCGACUGCGAGCGAAGGUUGUGUUACAGACGAAAUUGGUACAGCUUCUGCAAGUGAGAUCGCUGAUGCGGCACCAAAAACUCCCGCUGUUGCAGAGUUGGAAGCACGAAUUGCUGAACUCGAAGCCAAACUUGCCGAGAAGUAG